AUAGUUAAUCAAUGCAAAUUUCGACUAUUGAACUUGUAAAAAAUACGAUGCAACUGCAGUACGUAUGAAAUUGCCCAUUUGAUCUAUCUGAAGAACAAAAAAGAAAGAAAAGAAAAGAAAAUUAAAAAAAAAAAAAUGGUCUACAGGAAGCUGUACGAUUAAUCUAAAGGAAAAUGAUGACUAAGACACGGACUUAAUAUCCCUUGACCAAAAUAUUUAAAGUUCGGUUUCUCAUCCUUUCCUUCUCUAUAUAGUUGAAUAUGGGCGGUCUCUUCACACCCACCAAUAAACUGAAGAAGUUCCGGGAAGGUUAGAAACAGAUAAAAGAAAAGUUCAAGCGUUGAGAAUUGAAGGUUGAACUGAGAAAGUAGAGAAUUUUGUUGAGAAGAGAAGGUCGGUGAAGAUGGCAGGUGGUUCUUUUGCUCCAGCAGGAGUGGCCAAGGAGAGAGCAGAGCAGUACAAAGGAAGAGUUACGCCUUAUGUGGUUAUUGCUUGUCUUGUGGCUGCUGUUGGUGGCUCAAUUUUUGGUUAUGAUAUUGGAAUUUCAGGUGGGGUGACAUCGAUGAAUCCCUUCCUUAAAAAAUUCUUUCCAACGGUGUACAUAAACAAGAUGCGUGCACACGAAAACAAUUACUGCAAGUACAAUAAUCAAGGGCUUGCAGCAUUUACCUCAUCCCUAUAUCUUGCUGGACUAGUUUCCUCAUUGGUGGCCUCUCCCAUCACCAGGAACUAUGGGCGUCGGGCAAGCAUAGUCUGCGGAGGAAUUAGCUUUCUUGUUGGGGCAACUCUAAAUGCUGCCGCCGUCAAUAUUGAAAUGCUCAUCCUAGGAAGAAUAAUGCUUGGUGUAGGCAUUGGCUUUGGGAAUCAGGCAGUGCCACUCUACUUAUCAGAGAUGGCACCAACUCAUCUUCGAGGAGGCCUGAACAUGAUGUUUCAGCUGGCAACUACUCUUGGGAUCUUCACGGCAAACAUGAUCAAUUAUGGUACACAGAAGAUUGAUCCAUGGGGAUGGAGGCUUUCCCUGGGUUUGGCUGCAUUUCCAGCUUUGUUGAUGACAGUGGGAGGCUUACUUCUACCUGAAACACCCAACAGUUUAAUGGAGAGAGGAUCAAAAGAAAAAGGAAGAAAAAUCCUAGAGAAAAUUAGAGGAACAAACGAUGUAAAUGCAGAGUAUGAAGACAUCCUAGAAGCAAGUGAAUUUGCUAGUUCUAUCAAACAUCCUUUUAGAAAUAUCUUUAAAAGAAGAAACAGACCACAGUUGGUCAUGGCAUUCUUCAUGCCAACAUUUCAAAUUCUCACAGGCAUAAAUUCAAUCCUAUUUUACGCUCCAGUGUUGUUUCAGAGCAUGGGAUUUGGUGGAGAUGCAGCUCUCUACUCCUCAGCCCUAACAGGAGCAGUUCUAGCAUUUUCAACUCUGAUUUCGAUAGCAACCGUCGACAGAUUAGGCCGAAGAGUAUUGCUAAUUUCAGGUGGAAUACAAAUGAUAACAUGCCAGGUGGUGGUCGCCAUUAUCCUGGGAGUGAAAUUUGGGAACAAUGAAGAACUAUCAAAAGGGUUUUCAAUUUUGGUGGUGAUAGUGAUUUGUCUAUUCGUUCUGGCCUUCGGAUGGUCAUGGGGGCCACUUGGUUGGACAGUACCGAGCGAGAUUUUCCCUCUAGAAACAAGAUCAGCAGGACAAAGCAUCACAGUAGCAGUGAAUCUUCUUUUUACAUUUGUAAUCGCACAGUCAUUUCUUUCGCUGCUCUGCGCUUUGAAGUACGGAAUCUUCCUGUUCUUCGCUGGUUGGAUCAUUGUGAUGACGGUGUUUGUUUAUGUGUUCUUGCCGGAAACUAAAGGAGUUCCCAUUGAAGAGAUGAUAUUGAUGUGGAGAAAGCAUUGGUUUUGGAAGAACGUAAUGCCUUCAAAUGCUGACGAUUAUCAAAGUAAUGCUAAUGCCAUCUAAUUCUAUGAGAUUUUCUUUAUGGAUGACACAA